AUGGAAAUUGGAAGACCGGAUGAGAUUGAAGAUUCGUCACCUCCAACUCUGGGCUCCUUGCAAAUUGCAGGGAGCCCAGAGUUCAUGUCUCAAGCUUACUCAAUAAAUAGCUCCCACAUUGACAUAGAGGAUGCAUCUUCAUUUGAGAAAAAAGACUGCCCUCUACCUGUAUAUCUCAAGUUUGCAGAUGUUGAGUAUAAGGUAAAAUUUAGCCGGGCUUCUUCCAACAUUAACAUUGUUACAACAGUAGCGUCAAAGGUAGCGUCACAACUGAGCUUUGAUCAAGAUAAUUACAAGCACAUCUUGAAUGGUAUAUCGGGAAGCGUUGCUCCUGGUGAGAUACUAGCCUUGAUGGGGCCUUCUGGGAGCGGAAAGACAACUUUGCUAAAGGUAAUAGGAGGAAGAUUACGGGAACGUGUAAAAGGAACCAUCACGUACAAUGACGUUCCGUACAGUCCGGCUCUUAAGAAGAGGGUCGGUUUUGUUACACAAGAUGAUGUACUUUUUCCUCAAUUGACGGUGGAAGAAACCUUAGUUUUUUCUGCUUUUUUAAGACUUCCAAGCAGCAUGAGCCGAAAUCAGAAGUAUGAAAGAGUGGAUAUGAUUGUGAAGGAAUUAGGUCUUGAAAGGUGCCGUCACACACGAAUAGGAGGAGGAUUUGUCAGAGGCAUAUCGGGGGGAGAAAGAAAGCGGACCAGUAUAGGAUAUGAGAUACUCGUAGAUCCCUCACUUCUAUUACUUGAUGAACCAACUUCAGGUCUUGAUUCCACCUCUGCAAACAGAAUUCUUCAGAUCCUUCAACGACUGGCUAAGGCUGGCAGGACAAUCGUUACAACCAUCCACCAGCCCUCAAGCAGGAUAUUCCACAUGUUUGACAAGGUUUUGUUAAUAGCACAAGGCUAUCCUCUCUAUUGUGGAAAGGCAAGAGAAGCAGUAGAGUAUUUUUCAUCUUUGAGAUUCAUCCCAGAAAUGGCUAUGAAUCCUGCAGAAUUUUUGCUAGAGUUGGCAGCUGGUCAAUUGGAUGAUAUCAGUGUUCCUGAAGAUUUACCUGCACCUCAAGGAACUGCCGAAUAUGAGAGGAUUGUUAUCAGAUUUCUGCGCCACAAAUUCAAAGUCCAACUGGAGCCAAAAGAAAAGAAUGAGAACCAUAACAUGUCGAAGGUAUCAGAGCAGCUCCGAGUAGCCAUUCAGAUCAAGAAGGAUUGGACACUGACUUGGAUGGAUCAAUUCAUGAUAUUAUUGAAGAGAACGUAUAGAGAAAGAUGUAGAGAUUACUUUGAUACAAUAAGGCUAGUCCAAGCACUCGCAAUUGCAGUCUUGCUAGGCCUGCUUUGGUGGAAAUCCAACUAUACAACCGAAGCUCAACUUAGAGACCAGAUUGGAUUAUUGUUCUACAUCUGUAUUUUCUGGACUUCAUCAUCAAUAUUUGGAGCAGUAUAUGUUUUUCCAUUUGAGAAGAUCUUUCUGGUGAAAGAAAGGAAAGCAGACAUGUACAGAUUAAGUGUAUACUAUGUCUGUAGCACAUUAUGCGACAUGGUGGCGCAUAUUCUAUAUCCUACCUUUUUCAUGUCGAUUCUGUACUUCAUGGCUGGCUUUAAGCGGACUAUUGACUGCUUCUUCUUAACUUUAUCCACAAUACUACUAAUAGCUGUUACCAGCCAAGGAGCAGGAGAGCUUUUUGGAGCUGCAGCUAUGAGUAUGAAAAGAGCAGGCAUGAUUGCUUCUUUGGUACUGAUGUUAUUUCUUCUCACUGGAGGUUACUAUGUUCAGCACAUACCAAAAUUUAUGAAAUGGCUGAAGUAUGUAUCAUUCAUGUACCAUGGGUUUAGGCUUCUGCUGAAAGUGCAGUAUGAUGGAAAUGAGUUAUACGAGUGUGAGAGCAAGGUUGGAUGCAGGACACUGCAAAGUUCACCUUCAUUUGACACAGUGAAUUUGGAUGGUGGCCUAGAAGAAGUUUGGAUUAUGUUGGCCAUGGCUCUUGCUUAUCGAGUAGGUGCCUACAUUUUCCUCAACAGAAAAAUUAAUGCUGCCAAUUUGUGA